CACUCUGCUCCUCCUGCAGCUGGUUUGGAGAGUGAAUUACCACCGCGUUUGCCCCUCACGCUGAAACUCCACAAUCCCAUUUACUUGAAGUUCCUGAGAGAGCUCCUGAUCCUAGACUGUAGCCACGGGCCAUACCGAGUCCAGGCAGAGCUCAGUGAACAAGAGGAGCCUCAGUUCAGAACAGGUAGGAAGGAACAGGGACCAGCUACGAUGGCUUCAGAAAUCCUGGUGAACAUAAAGGAGAUGAUGACCUGCCCCAUCUGCCUGGGGAUCCUAAAAGAACCCAGGAGCCUGGACUGUGGGCACAGCUUCUGCCAAGCCUGCAUCACUGCAAACAACAAGGAGUCCGUGAACGGCCAAGGAGAGAGCAGCUGCCCUGUGUGCAGGAUCAGUUACCAGCCUGAGAACCUGCGGCCUAGUCUGCAUUUGGCUAACAUAGUGGAGGUGCUCAGGGAGGUCAAGUUGAGCCCAGAGGAGGAUCAAAAGAGUGAUCUCUGUGUGCACCAUGGAGAGAAACUCCUGCUCUUCUGCCAGGAGGAUGGGAAGAUCAUUUGCUGGCUUUGCGAGCGGUCCCAAGAGCACCGUGGUCACCAGACCUUCCUCAUUGAGGAGAUUACCCAGGAGUGCAAGGAGAAGCUCCAGAAAGCUCUGGACAGUCUGAGUGCAAAGCAGCAGGAAGCUGAAAAAUUGAGAGCUGACCUUGAAAAGGAAACAACUUCCUGGAAGGAUCUAAUAGAGAAUGAAAUCCAAAGUAUCCAGGAUUAUUUUAAAGAACUGAGAGGUAUUCUGGACAGCGAGGAGCAGAAGGAGCUGCAAAGGCUGGAGAAGGAGGAGAGAGAUGUUCUCAGUUACCUGGCCCAGGGUGGCAGUGAGCUCAUCCAGAAGGGCCAGUUGUUGAGAGAUCUCACCUGGGAUCUGCAGCGUCGUUUGCAGGGGUCAACAGCAGAGAUGCUGCAGGAUGUGAAUGGCAUCCUGGAAAGGAGUAAGACCUUCACUCUGAAGAAGCUAAAAACUCUCCCCAAGAAACAAAGGAGAGUGUUCCAAGUUCCUGAUCUGAGAGGGAUGCUGCAAGUGUUUAAUGAACUGGCAGUUGUGCGCCGCUACUGGGCAAACAUGACCUUGAAUCAUCGAUCAAAUGUUGACAUUUCUGCGCAUAAGAGAAAUGGGAGAGGUGACUUCUAUCGGAGAGCACUUUGUCCACCUGAGAGAGAAGAUUAUGUUGUCCUGGGAUUCCCAUCUAUCACAUCAGGGAAGCAUUACUGGGAGGUAGAUGUGCCAAAGAAUAAGGACUGGAUUUUGGGGGUAUGUAUCAGGAAAUACCCUGACUUCACUGGGAUAGAUUUUGGGGGGAAAAAUAAGCCUGUUUCCUUUCAAUAUCAACCUCAAAAUGGCUACUGGGUUAUAGGGUUACAGAAUUAUUCCGAAUAUCAGGCUUUUGUGAAUUCUUCCUACUCCAACCCCUCACCCUUAACCCUGUUCGUGACUGUUCCUCCUGAUCGUAUUGGAGUUUUUCUAGACUUUGCAGCCUGCACUAUCUCAUUUUUGAAUAUAACAAACCAUGGGUUUCUCAUCUAUAAAUUCUCUUCAUGUCGCUUUUAUCAGGAAAUUUAUCCAUAUUUCAAUUCUAUGGAAUAUCCUGGCUCCCUGAAACUGGUUUCUCCAAGCUCUUAAACCUUUCAUACUCUCACCCACUUCUGUGUAGAACUUCUUUCCUUGAAUGCAUCUAACAAACUGAGUUUUUCUGCAUCACUGUCACCAUCAUAUCUUUGCUGCCUUUUUGCUUCUGAUUUGAACACCCUUCCUUCAUCAGUAGGGUGAUAUCCAAUAUCUUAUUUGCAUUAAUAAAGAAUCCUAAUUCAUCAUUUUUAUAA